GGUCAGGGGGCGCGCGCUAACCGCGGGGAUGGCAUGUGGUGGGCCCGUCACAACCCUCCGGUAGCCUCCGCCCGUAGCUCAGUGUCACCUCAAGCACCAAAGGGCGCGGCUGCCUCUUUUUCCGCCGCCGUCGUUUACUGCCGCCGCCGCCGCCGCCUCUUCUUCCCCCACCCACCUAGCCGUCUCCUUAUAGUGGUAGCGUCCGACUCCCAGCUGACCGGCCUGGAAUCCCGGCUUCGAGUCCUGGCCUGGAUCCUCUUGCCUUGAGCUGCCCCUUCCCCUGCCCUGACCCUGAGCACCGGUGCCGCCGCCGCCGCCGCCGCCGCCGCCGCCGCCAUGGGAGACGCCGGCAGCGAGCGCAGCAAAGCCCCCAGCUUGCCGCCCCGUUGCCCCUGCGGGUUCUGGGGGUCCAGCAAGACAAUGAAUCUGUGUUCCAAAUGCUUUGCUGAAAAAAGAAAUCCACACAACGAAAAAGAUUUUCAAAAGAAGCAACCAGAUGAUGAGUCCACUCCCAGCACAAGUAACAGCCAAUCGGAUUUGUUCUCUGGAGAAACAAAUAGUGACAACAGUAAUACCUCUCUAUUGACACAGACUGUUAACUCCAACCAGCAACUUUCGACAGAACUGAAUGUAACUUCCUUGAGCAAAGAGGAAUGUGGGCCAUGCACAGAUACAGCUCAUGUUUCCUUAACCACAGCAACCAAAAGAUCUUGUGAUUCAGAGUCACAGGUGGAGAGCGAGCCUUCUCCUGAGAAGCGGCCACGGUUACUGGAGGACGGUCAUGAUAGACCUGAAGAAAUCAGCCGUUCCAAACAGAAGAGCAGACGCAGGUGUUUCCAGUGCCAAACAAAAUUGGAGCUGGUACAGCAAGAGCUGGGAUCAUGUCGCUGUGGUUAUGUGUUCUGUAUGUUGCAUCGCCUGCCUGAACAGCACGAUUGCACAUUUGACCACAUGGGACGCGGGCGUGAAGAAGCCAUUAUGAAAAUGGUGAAACUGGACCGGAAAGUUGGGCGAUCAUGCCAGCGCAUUGGCGAGGGCUGCUCCUGAGUGGCAAGACUCUUCAACCAAAUGCUGUUCUCUUAGUUCACUAAUGUUAGCCUUAUUUAGGACAAAGUCAGCCAGACACUUGUACUGGGCAAGUUUCAGACUACAGCCAAUCAAUUUCCUUUCUUUAGCCAACCAUCCUGGUACUGUAGUUUAGGAGUUAAAUGAUGAUCAACACUGAUUACUGGCUGGUUGUUAAGGUGCCUACUAGCCACUGUAUUAAAAAAAUGAAGACAUA